AAUUCUGAAUUCGCCUCUGAUCUUAACGUUCUUGUUUUCAUGUUGGAUACUAUAAUGAUCUCCACCUUUGAAAAUGACACGAAAAUGCCAAAUUUGAUCAUGUCAAUUCUCAUAGCAAUUGUGAUCACUAUUCUACUCCUCGCGGUUGUUCCGGUGCCUGGAGGCCACAUCAACCCCGUCAUCUCCUUCUCCGCCGUGCUAGUAGGAAUUAUAUCCGUGUCAAGAGCCAUCAUUUACAUGGUGGCACAAUGUCUUGGUGCAAUUCUAGGUGCACUAGCUCUAAAAGCAGUGGUUAGCUCCACUAUUGCUCAAACUUUCUCACUUGGUGGUUGCACCAUCACAGUAAUUGCACCGGGCCCAACUGGGCCCGUUACAGUGGGCCUAGAGAUGGCCCAAGCCUUGUGGUUAGAGAUCUUUUGCACAUUCGUUUUUCUCUUUGCUUCAAUUUGGAUGGCUUAUGAUCAUAGACAAGCUAAGGCUCUUGGUCAUGUCACUGUCUUGUCCAUUGUUGGUCUAGUGUUAGGUCUUCUCGUGUUUAUCUCGACCAAGGUCACCGCGAAAAAGGGCUAUGUCAGGGCGGGGAUGAAUCUGGCGAGGUGUUUUGGGGCAACUCUUGUUAGAGGAGGUCACCUUUGGGAUGGACAUUGGAUCUUUUGGGUUGGGCCUACUAUUGCUUGUCUAGCCUUCUAUGUCUACACAAAGAUCAUUCCACCAAAGCAUUUACAUGCAGAAUAUGGAUACAAGCAUGAUCUUCUUGGAGUUGUCAAGGCUUUGAUUGGGUCGGAUGUAUAA